UUAUAAAUUAGUAGGGAAUUUGAAAUUUGAUGAGGUUAAGUAAGACUUUCUACUUAAAUUUCCAUCUUCUCAUUUCAUCAUUUAUUUCAUUUAGAUGGUAUGACAAAUUAACACAACGAUGCCUGACGGUGAAUCGAAGUUCAUCAAGCAAGAGCCGUAUUGUGAUGAUGUUGAAGAUGGUGAGAGUCUAAAGCAUCGUAUGUCUGCACCAUGCCAAUCUGAUUCAGCUCACAGCAUCCAACUUUUAGAUGAGGGAAUCGCUCAUAAGAUGAAAGAAAGCCAACAUAAAACACAGUAUGUGGGGCAUAAACCUCGAUGGUGGAAGUAUGUUGUGCUCUUCGGAACGUUUAUUGAUUUUCUGCUCGUAUUUGGCUUCUUCAAAGGUAUUGGUGUGUUCUUAGUGGAAUGGCAGCAAUACUAUGACAUUACCGCAGUAGAAGCCAGUACCAUCACUAUCGGAACGGCAUUUGUUCUGCCUUUCACAACACCCAUAGGGGGAGCACUGUGCCAGCGUUAUGGAUGUAGACCUGUUGCUGUCACUGGAGCAUUGAUUGCAUCUAGUGCCACUUUAGUGGCUGCCUUCAGUCCAAAUGUACCUGUCUUGAUCUUCAUGUUGUGUAUAUGUGGUGUGGGAUUGAGUAUGACAUUUGCCCCAUGUCCUGCCAUACUUGGCUUCUACUUUGGUCGCCAUCUUGGGUUUGCAAGUGGCAUCAUGAUGUCUGGUGUAGGAGCCGGUAUCCUGAUCAUACCUCCAAUGAUGCAAGCGCUGUGCAACACGUAUGGCUGGCAGGGAGCAUUCCUCAUAUUCUCAGCCAUCUUUGCUAAUGCGGUAUUAUGUGGAAUGGUGUAUCGUCCAACACCUGCGGAAAGAUUCAAUAUUGACAAGCUCCGGGCCGCACAUUCCCAGGCUCAAUCGAGUGGAUUUCAUCUAGAGAAAAGCAGUUUCUCGGAUCAGGACAAAAACAUGCAGGAUGUUUCAGAUCAUUGCAAUGUCAAGACAAAUGGCGUGAAUCCCAAAGGCCAAGGUCCCACCGUGACAAAUAAAUUCGUGCAGCUUAUCCGAUUCUUCCAUUUUCAACUCCUCUGGUCCGACCGACUUGUAACAUUGUUCUUUACAAGUAUCUUAUUUGUGUCAUUUGGAUACUACUCUUCACUGGUUUACUUAACCCCAAGGGCAGUAAAUGAUCUAGGCAUUGCAAAGCAAGACGCAUCCUAUAUUUUGUCAACGAUGGGAAUUAGCAGUAUGGUUAGCAGGGUCACCCAUGGUCCCCUCCUGGACAGAAAAAUAAUUUCAGUUUUUCACCUGGCUCCCAUUUCUCUGACCAUCAGUGGCCUAAGUUCACUCCUCAAUCCCCUGGCGAACUCUUACAUCCUGCAGCACCUUCUUGCCAUCUCCUUUGGGAUUGGAAGUGGAGCAUUCAAUGGCAUGGCCCCCAUGUUAAUACGUACCUUGGUGGAUUCCUCAGUCGUAUCCAGUGCCUUUGGACUGUACGUCAUGACCACUGCAUUCGGAAACCUCAUCGGUACUUUUACACUAGGAGCUCUGUAUGAUGCCACUGGGACCUAUCACUCUUCUUUUUACAUUGCCGGCGCUUCCACUUCCAUGGGUGUCUUCCUCUUCGUGAUCCAGGCUCUUCUCAAAAGGAAUGAAUCAUCCAAGAGCGGCAAAGACAGAAGAUAUCAGGAAGUCACCUGUGAGGGGGUGGAUGAACUUGGGAAAACUACAUCUGCUGUUUAGAGACAUGGCAAUUCACAGAGACAUUUCUUGCAGGAAAACAAUACUGCACAGAUUAUUGUAGAAGGCAUAAAGUCCUAUAAGUCUAGGUGUUGGUAUACUUGGGUAUCACUGUAGUCAAUACAUAGAGAAUAACAAUAUUGUAAAGCCUCAAUCUUUUCACGGCAAGAAACAAAUCACAAUUUUUCAGUAUUUCGUGAUUUUUUAUUCACUUAUUUUGCGGAAUGAAACACACAAUUUUGACCUCUUGAGUAAUUGACAAAUAUUUGCUUUUAUGACAUUGGAAGUUUCUGGUUUUACUUUGUGAGAAAUAUAGUGAGAAGGAUGAAAUUAUAUGUGUUUUAAGAAUGUUUCAAAUUGGUGUAUAAGCUGCAAUCUUCGUUCUAAUGCAAAUGAAUUGUGGAGGAUUUCUUAAUAUUUAAUGUGGAGUUAUAUCUAAAGACACAGUCACAGUAAUUCAUUUACAUGUAUUAUUUAUACUGCUAUGUGUGCUUAAACAUACUGCAAAAUAAAGAUUUAUUAACAGGGAUAUCAGUUUCCAGACUAUUGCAUAGUUUUACUCCCUAUGACACCUUACCAUUUAAGUAAACGCGUCCAAUUGCUCUGCAUUUUCUUUCAGCGCUAGUGAGUAAAACAGAUUUUCUAGCUGUAUGAUUAAGUUCCAUUUUUAUGUGCAACAUCUGUCCUUCCGUUGUAUGGUAAACAUGCUAUAUGAUUAAGUUUCAUUUUUAUGUGCAACAUCUGUCAUUCCAUUGUAUGGUAAAUGAGUACAUUACAUCUGUGUGUGUGUGUGUGUGUGUGCGUGCGUGUGCGUGUGUGUGUGUGUGUAACUGGAUU